AUGGCGAAGUUUACCCUUCUAUUCCUUCUCCUUACUCUACUCUCAAUGGCAACAUCAACACCAACAAGUUUCAUCACAUCCUCAUGUAGCACAACACCAUAUCCAACACUUUGUGUUGAAUCUCUUUCUGUCUACGCAACAACAAUCCAACAAGAUCCACACCAAUUAGUCCAAACAGCUUUAUCACUUAGCCUCAACAAAACUCAAUCCACAAAAGGCUUUGUUACAAUGUGCAAUACCUUCAAAAAUCUUAAACCAAUAGAAUAUGCUGCUCUUCAUGAUUGUGCUGAAGAAAUUAGUGAUAGUGUUAAUAGACUUAGCCGUUCAUUGAAUGAGCUUAAACUUUGCAAGAUCAAUGGUCAAGAUUUCAAUUGGCAUAUAAGCAAUGUUGAGACAUGGGUUAGCUCAGCUUUGACUGAUGAAACCACUUGUGGUGAAGGAUUUGGUGCUAAAGCACUUGAUGGAAGAAUCAAAGCCUCUAUUAAAUCUAGAAUGGUUAAUGUUGCCAAAUUCACUAGUAAUGCUCUUUCACUUAUUGAUCAAUAUGCUGCUAAGCACAUGGAAGGAAUGAAUCUCUAG